AUGGGUUGGCUUAAGAUCCUUAGCCUGGUUUUGCUUCAGAAUUCUUUGGCUUGCCGCCGGUGGUGGCGGCGCAAAGCGGAUGGACUUUGGCUGCGUGAAGCCGGAAAGUGCCCUUGGACAGGUGGCGGAUCUUUGUGGGGCGAGUUGGAAGUUCCUAGCGAAGCGGCAGAUACUUGGCUCAGCUCCAAGGGAGAGUCCGGCAGGAUUACGAUCACCGUGGAGCUGGAGAGAGACGGUGUCGCUGCCUAUGAGCUGAACGCCUUCGAAGGGAAAAGCCCACAAGACGUAGCUGAUCGAUUCGCAGAGCUGGGGCGUCGAUGCUCAAAGGCGAAACCACACAGAACUGUCGACUGUGGCCCCUUCCGAGAAGGCAACCUGCAUACACUGUCCAAUAAGAUCGGAGAAAAAGCCUGCCAGCAUCCCGAGGCAAAGGAUGCUCGUGCGCUCUUCUGCCGCUACCCCCCGCGCUUCUAUGGCCAUGCCGGGAUUUGCAACCAAUACUCGCAAUUCUGCCCGUUUGAGGAACUUCGCAUGGAGAGCGACCCUUCUCUUAUUGACACGGCUGUCAUUAAUGUGGAUGCUGAGAUGUUCCACUCAAUGGAGGAGUGUGGCGUCUUUCAAAGGGAGCUUUGGAUCUUCAAGGUGUUCGUGCAUUGGUGCCCGCAUUGCCAGCAGCUGAUGCCGCUCUUGUACCGGCUGGCACUGGUUCUCCGACAGCGUGGGAUCAGGGCCUUAAGAUUUGGAGCUGUGAAUUGUGCCACCGAGCAUGAACUUUGCGCUGCCCAGAACUGGCCCGGACACCCCUUGCUGAUUGCCCGGUACUUGGGACCAGAUCGGGCGGUGCACGAUGCUAUCGAGCAUUGGGUCGACGUAGUGAAGGAUGCCCAGCUGCGGCAGAUGCUGCCGCGUUACGCGCUCCCGGGAGAGUUUCCGGUUCUCAAGAUUCUGUUGGAGCAACUGCCUUCUUCAAUGCUGCCCAAGUCGGCAUGGUCCUUCUUGUUCGACGCGGAUGCCGAGCAUGCGCAAUCGUCUGGCUGUGCUAACUUGACCGCACUGCAUCUGGAGCACCCGGAGGGAGCUGAUGAUCGAGUUGGCAAUGGCUGGCACGAUGCCGAGCGUAACUUCACCACCAGACGGCGCUGGACCGACGCCAUGCUCAUGCUGAGGCAUGUCCUUCAGGAAUGGAUCGCACCACUUGGAGAUGACGGCAAUGCAGAUGCUUUUUCCCAUGGGCAGUUGCUGAUCAUGGAAUCCUGGGUAGAGUUGCUGGCGAGGAAUCUGCCAGAUGCUUUUGGCUUGGCCGAUCCCUUGCAGGAACUUCAGCGUGCCUUGCUGCAAAGGGUCCGUGCCUCGCAGACACCGGAAGGCAGCUCGCUCUGUGCAGACGAGUGGAAGUUGUUGACGGCACCGGUGCUGACUCGAAUAGCUGAAGUUGGCCAGAGAGACUUCGUCGUGGCUUCUGCUUGCGCUUCUGACACCUGCAGGAUGUGGAGUUUGCUCCACACGCUUGCUUCAGAAGGCUUCAGACGGGAGCAAUGGGAGCUGUCCUCAAACAGCGAGUUGAUUCUGUCGCCCUCUUCUCCAGAUGUGAUGAUGCAGACUGUGCACGACUUCCUUGAACAGUUCUUCAAGUGCCACUACUGCCGCCGCCACUUUCUGAAAAAUUUCGAAGCCGGAUCAUUUGGCCGUGAUCUUGCCAAGACCUCCCGCCGGCAGGUCGUUUUGUACUUCUGGCGCUUUCACAAUGCUGUGUCUGUCCGGGUGACUGCCUGGCAUAGUUGCAACACCACGGACCGGCGUUGGCCGCCAUCGUCGGUGUGCCCGAGGUGCUGGGAGCAGAGUACAGACGACUGGCCGGUGCUGUCUGAAGCGAGGGACGUGGUCCGGGGUGGCGCAUCUCGAGCACUCGACUUGAAAGCGUCGCCUAAUGAAGAGGAGAUUCUGAAGUUUCUGCAGUCGGCCUUUGCAGAACCCGACGACCUCUCGUGA